AAUGGAACCAUCUCCUAGCAGCCACCCUUCCUUUAAAGAAUGAUUUCCUAAAUUUUAUGAGCUGCUGAAUGCCGGCGAGUUCGAUCAGAUAUUUUAUAAGCACCAGCAUCAGGAAGACAUGUGGAAAGUUUAUGGUGUAAUAGAGCAGCAGAUUUUUGAGAAGUGUAAAGAUGAGCUUAGUGGGAUUUUAGGACAGGCUUUGGAGGAUUGUAUGAUGUGUGGAUUUUGACAUAUACAUACGUUGAUAGCUACGUAUAAUGUGUUGAGGGAUGACAGGUUUGGAGGGCUUAGUGGAGAAAUUCAGAACCAGUUAUUGUGGGCUGCUUUGUGUCAUGAUUUGGGGAAAAGAGGAAAAGCUGAUUUUGAAGGGAAAGAUCAUAUCCAUCCAUUCAGAAGUGCAGCUUACUUUGUCAAUAUCUUGAAGAACAACAAUCUGAUCAAAGAUGAACUUCGAGACAAAGCUGAAAAACUGAGUGAACUGGUGUUUAAUGCACACACUGAUAUUCAAUACGAAUGGUUUCAGAGAGAAACCCGACGCUUUCCUGACAAAGUAUGUGACCAAAUGCAUGACCAUGCUAAGCUAUAUGAUAUAUUUAACCUCCUUGAAGAAGUUGCAGAUGGAAGUAUAUUUAUUAAAUAAUGUGUUCGUAGUGAUCUUGUUCCACCAGAGUAUCUGGGGAAUAAAAGACUUCCAGCCAAUGAAGCGUCUGGAAGACGAAGAAAUAGUAGAGUAUAAAGAAUAUCUAAGUGAAGAUGUGCUUAAUAUGCUUGAUAUCUUUAUGCACUGUGAUAGUUAUGCUUAUACGAUAAUUGGAGAAAGUGAGAAGAUCAUAAUGCAGUACCGGAAAGAAAUAUCUACAGAGAUCAAGAGAAUUUCAUGUUUAUUAGGGUUUUAGUCAAGUCUUAAAACUUGAAUGAUUUGA